GGAGGCUGAUCAGAGUAAUGCAACCCCUUAAUUCACACUGACACCUGGGCGUUUCAGCCAAUGUGCACCAAGCAUUAAUCUUCUUACUGAAGUGGAGUGCCAGGAGCGGUUUAACCCUGGAAUCAGCGUGCUCUGUGUGCCUUGCCAGUGUGGAUGGAUAGUGACCUAGGGCACCCAGGGCUGCUUUAACGUGUGCCAACAGACAAGUGUAGCCAAGCCCCAAAGCACUGUGAGCUGUGAAAGUAGGGCAUCAUACGGAUGAAAAAUCCAACAGCAGCCAGUGCUGGGAGACGGGGCAACCCACAAUGCGAGGCUGGCCCACCCCUCCCGCGCCGGGCAGAAGGGAACGAUACCCCCGGGCUCCCCCUCAGGCGGGGGCGUUUCACCGCCGUUCUUCCCUCGCGGCUAUGAACGGGGCCCAGUCGGAGAACCCCGCACAGUCCCAGCGCCUGCCCGCGCACAGGGCGCAGCAGCCUCCGGAGCGUCUACACGGGAAUAACGAUGGGCCCGGCCUCCGCACACGGGACACGAAACUGACAACACUGCGCACGCGCAUCUAGGCAAGAGGGUUGCGAGCGCACAUGCGUGUUUUUCAAAAGGCGGAGCGCCAGGCGCUGACAACGGCACGCGCAAGGGGCGCCAUGUCUGCUGUACGCGGGUGCCCGGAGCCGCGCUCCUCCGAGUCUUCGCCUCCCGACACGAUGGAAACUGCCGGGUUCCGGCGGCUGGGCGUGUGCGUCAUGUGCGGGCUGCCGGCGGCAGGUAAAUCCACGCUGGCGCGCGCACUGCACCACAUCCUACGGCGGCGCGAGGGCCUUGGCUGGGACUGUGCCCUACUGACCUACGAUGACCUCAUUCCGCAGGAGGCCUUCAGCCAACCAGGGACAGAAGCGGGGCUCGUAGCACAACAGCCAUUGCUGUCUCGCUGGAAAUUGUACCGACAUGAACUGUUAGUGUACCUUGAACACUUCUUACAGGCUCUUAUUAAUGGAGAUCAUUUGUGUGCUCCAACAAACAGAACUGAAGCAACAUGGAAAAGUUUUGUUUCCUGUUUCAAAGAACAAGGAUUAAUCUCUUCAGAAAUACAUGAUGCCAAAUCUUGUCAUUACUUAAUAAAUACAAUCACUUCCAGACCAUUGUAUUUUGUUUUGGAUGACAACUUUUAUUAUCAAAGCAUGAGAUAUGAAGUAUACCAGCUAGCUCGCAAAUAUUCAUUGGGCUUCUGCCAGUUAUUUUUAGACUGUCCACUUGAGUCCUGCUUACAGAGGAAUUGUCUGAGAAGUCAGCCGUUACCUGAUGAGACCAUAUGUCUAAUGGCAAGAAAAACAGAAGUACCAAAUCCUGAGAAAAACACAUGGGAACAAAAUAGCCUAAUUCUGAAAAGUGUUGAAUGCACUUCAGAAGAUAAUUUUCAGGUGAUUAAUUUGUUGGUUACUGCUUUGGAAAAUCCAGUGAAACAAACUGAGGAAAAUACCGAACAAAAGGAAACAGACAGAGCCAUUUGUGCAGCUAGUAUUCUCCACCAAGCUGAUCAGGCUUUCAGACGAAUUGUCUCUCAAACAAUGAAGGAUGUGAGAGAUAAAAAUGUACUUCCAAAUGAGAUGAAGAUUCUGGCAGAAGAACUUAAUAAGCUUAAAGCAGAGUUCUUGGAAGAUUUACGACAAGAGAAUCAUCAAAAAAAUCAGUUUUGUCUGCCAAGCAGUGAAUUUAUUACAAAUGUCAUUACUUCAUUCCAACAAGCAACAGACAAUGUAGUGAAGAAGGUUUUUUUUUUAAAUGAGCACACUGUGUUUUGAGUGCAAGGAAUGCCAAAAAUGUGAUAACUUAUUCAGCAGGAUGGCUAAAGAUAUCUGAGGAAGCCACAGCUGCCAUGUAUGGAGGUUAAUGUUAAUUUAUAAUUUCAUUUCUGUCACAAUGCUAUCAAACAGACAAACAAAAAAAAACAACUCAGGUGUUUCAUUUUUAAGACCAGGCCGACAAUAGGAAGAAAUGAGGUUUGAAGAUUAAAGAGAUUUUGGAGCUGUAGUCACCCUAAUCGGUGUCUCGUAAAACAUCUUUGGUGCAAAUCUUUGAACUCCUUCUCUGGCUCCUCCAUCCAUAAUGUUCUUCGUCCUUGCUUCUGUAUUUCUUAGAUUUCCCAUGUAUCCAUCUCUCUGUUCCUUUCCGAUCUCAGAUUCCCCAGUUUUCCUUUUUUUUUCCAAUGUCAUUUUCCCUUUUCCCAUAGAACAAAUAAUAGAAGCAAAGAAUUCUCAAAUCUUCCUCCCAAUCCUUUGUUCUUCCAAAGUAUUUAUAGCUAGGCAACAAUGAUGUACAUAAGUAGAAAAGCUCUGGUCUCAAAUGUUGUUUGCUCUCAGUAAUUAACCUCCUCCUACAUUAAUAAAGUCAUCAUUCCUAUUGGGACAGUCAGGGAAUCACAUGUUGUCAUCCUGCAUAACAAUAGAGUGAAUCAUAGAAUCUGUAAGAAAUUAUAAAUUGUCUUAUUUAUUAGUCAGUACAAACAGUAUUACAUUAACUGGUUAAUGUCUGCGUGAGGCUAUUUAAUAUGUAAAGUGCUAGGUAAUAUUAAUAAAGAGAUUGUAUUAGGGUAUCUUUGUUGUAUCCUUUGACUUUUCUCUUCCACAGCUGCUGUUUGUAUAGUAAUGUGGAGAACUGAUUGCACCUGCUGGUUGUUUCUUUCUAAGCAACACACAGUUAAUGUGUAUCACAUUUGCAUGAUCUACUCUGCAAUAUUUGGCAACAGAGAUCAAAUCAAACCUGCAGCAAUGCAUCUUCUAGACUUGACAUUUGCACUGUGUGGAGACAAAAAUGGUAUUCUCUCGCUCCCUGAAAAACAGACAGUAUUGGGCUACUUUAGGUAACUGAUAAUAAAGGCAAUAAAAUGUUUAAUACUAAGCCCAGCAAGAUUCAGGUUCUGUAACUAAAAGUUUUCCUGCUGCUUAUGCUAGUAUAAGUUUUCUCUAGCACUAUGCUGCUUAUCCACUUGUAUUAGAACAGUAAUAGGAAAAAAAAACUUCGGCUGCAGUUAGAGCACACAACUGGCAGCUGGGAGACUUUUAGUUCUAAUCCUUAUGCUUUUGGAGCAGGAAUUUGAACCUGAUUUUUCUACAUCCCAGGUAAAUGCCCUAACUACCAGGUAGGGUGAUCAGAUGUCCCAAUUUUAUAGGGACAGUCCCGAUAUUUGG